AUGGUUUGUCAGGCUCCAAUGGCCGGGAGUGAUAUUUGUCGGUUUUUGCUGUGGGCGAGAUGGGCGACAUUGGGUGCUUUUUAUCCGUUUAUGCGCAAUGUGCGGCCUCCUACUUCAACUUCAUGGGAUGGACUCUCAACUUCCUUCGUCCAGCACAACGCGGACACAUCCAUAAGCCAAGAAUUCCACAUCUGGCUCCUUGUCCUCUCCUCACUAUGUCACCCCACCCAGUUGCCGCUUCCUCACUACAUCUACACCGUUUUCCACCACGCUCAUACGGACGGCGGCUCCCCCGUCCCCCUCCCUCUAUGGUUAAAAUACCACAACGCCUACGGGAUAGACUACCAAUUCGGGGACUCGAUACUCGUAUUACCCGUAACCCAGGACGAAGCUACGUCGACAUACUUUAAGAUUUCAAAAGGCUUGCGUCUGUGCAAGGACGGGGAGCAAAGCAGGAUUAAAGCGACCGGGAAGCUUCAUGUGGAUGACGGAGACUCGAUUUCUCCGCCGUCUGGCAAGACGGAAGUGUGGAUGCCGUUUGGGGAUUCCCGGGGAAACUGA